GUCACGAGCCCUUAAAACGGUUAAAAACUUGAAUCCCCUUGAUUCAAAUAUUAGGUUGAGGCGGAGAUGACCCGAUUCAACGGUCAAUUCCAGAGAAAGCAAAAAGGAGCAAACGACAUUUGUCAACAUCAUUCAUGGCUUUACAAUUUCAAUGGGAAACCAAGGGAACUGAAGAAGCUACCAAAGCUUCUUGCUAUUCCUACUCCGUUUUCUUGAUCCCGUAAUCCCCCAAUCACUUCGCUUCGAUUCACAUUCAUGGAAUCAAAUCAACCCGCCGAUGAUUCAAAUCAAGCCGCUCCAUUAGAGGAAGUAUCAUUGCUUCAAGAGAAGGAUCUCGUAGAAGAACCUAAACAGUCGCCGGAAUCUACACCCGACGAAAAUGGAUCUCCGGAAGGAAAAUUGAAAUCGCCGAAAUCGGUAAAGUGGAGCGAACAAUUGGUAUCUGAGUCUUCUUAUACACCUUCAAUUGAUUUUAAUACUUCGCCCAAUCCUUCCAUCCCGUCUAAUCCUUCCUUUAAAGAAAGGAUGGAUACUAUUAAAAAUUUGUUGGGAAGAUGGGGAAGUAAUGUUAAAAAUGCAGCUAAAAAAGCUGAGGAUUUUUCUGGCAAUACUUGGCAACAUUUGAAAACAAGUCCUAGUUUUGCUGAUGCUGCCAUGGGAAGACUUGUACACAGCACUAAAGUCCUAGCUGAGGGAGGCUAUGAAAAUAUUUUUCGUCAAACAUUUGACACAAUGCCUGAAGAACUUCUUCAGGAUUCCUACGCUUGCUACUUGUCUACUUCAGCUGGCCCAGUGAUGGGAACAUUAUACAUAUCUACUGCCAAGCUUGCCUUUUGCAGUGAUAAUCCUCUUCCCUACAAAAAUGAUGAUCAGACUGAAUGGAGUUACUAUAAGGUCAUCAUACCAUUGCAUCAGCUUAAAGCGAUAAACCCUUCCUCAAGCGGAGUAAAUCAAGCUGAGAAAUAUAUCCAGAUUUUAUCUGUUGACAACCACGAGUUUUGGUACAUGAGUUUCUUGAAUUACGAUAAUGCUGUGACUGUUCUUCAAGGAGCAUUGCAGUCCUCGGAUUUGCAAUCUGUAUGAAGCGUCUCUACACUCUAUUAAUAACGAUGAAGCCUUAUCCACAUUUUAGUUUGUGAUUCAAACAAAGAAAGCUUAGUGCCGUGUCCUGCUCUGCUUGUAGAACAUCAGCAGACCCGUCCAGAUAAGUAGCAGUAUUCUUACAUCUAUCUCCUCGACUUUUCUUGCACUUGUGAUCUCAGGUUUCACAACAAAGUAGUUUUUUUGAUUAGUAUGUUGUACCGAUUAGUGUGUUGCGUAAUGUCCUUCGGACUGACAACAAUGUGAAAGGAUUGAGAGCUUGAAUCGGCUUGCUUAUGGGGAUUUAUAGUCCAUUACUUAUAAGAAGCUAGCCAAUCCAAGCUCUCAGAGCUUUCGCUGCCCCUACGGUUGUGAACCUGUGAUUAAUAGAAAAUUAUUGCUCUGAAAAUAUAUUUGUCGACUCUUUCUUUUGUAGACUUUUUUUAGUUAAAUUUGAUCAUGAUCAUGAUCCUGAUCAUCCACUUAGUAGUUUUUGCAACAUGAUCAUUAUUCAUGAAACCAUUUGUGAACUUUACUCUCUUGGGUUAACAAGUUUAUUCUCAUCUGUUUUCCCUUGUAUGGUUGCAAUAGACCAUCCUCAUUUACCCUCUUAACUAACUUCCUAAUUUGAUGCUCUUUUCUUUACACUAUGUUUGGCUGUAAAUUUAAUUUAAGCGGAAAAGAAAAAAGAGGAUGUGGAAGGAAGGGAAGAGAACGUAGUUACUACUCGUUUGGUUAGCGCUACUAAAUGAUGGUAAUGGGAAUGAUUUAUAGUGUAAAAUUUCAUUAAAAGUUUCAUGUCAUUCCCAUGGUGAUAAAAUUUUAAUCACAAAAAAGUUUUUUUUAUUUACAAAUUUUCAUUAGCACCUCUCCUAAUCUCUCAAUGGUUAUGCAUUGGAAUAAAUUUUACAAAUGAGAUGAUUGAAGUUGGACAAGCAUGGCUAUCAAGGUAGUCAAGAGAUUUUUCAACAAAAAUUACACUAGUUUUUGUUCUCAUUACUAUCAUUUAAUAACACCUACCAAAUGGGGCGUUAUUGUUUGUUUAGAAAGGAAGGACAAGAGAAGGAAGAGAAAUAUCAUUUUUCUUUGAAAAGACUGAUUAAGAAAACUUAAAGACUUUAAUGCUUUAUGCUUCAAAUUAUUUCCUUCCAAAUCCCCUUUCGAAAUUGUUAUUCAAUUAAAAAAGAUUAUAUCCUUUGUCAUAUAUUAGUUAAAGGGUUAUUUAGUUAGGUUAGGGAAUAGGAAACUAGUAUAAAUAAGAAGGGGAGUAGAGAAACAAGGGAAGAAUAUUUGUAUAUGCAUUUAGUGGGUGUUAUGCUCGUGUCUUAGGUAAACGUAAGCCUCUCAAAAGCUUGUAAUCCUAUCUUUAAUAAUACAAGAUUCAUUUACAUUCACACAUUAAUUACGUAGCUCAUACAUUUUCAUGUUACUUUGCUACUAUUUGGCUUAUCACAAAUUCUUAAAUGAGAUAGGUGGGGUGUUUUGCAAUUGGCUGUUGGUUUUUUUUGGUUUGUUCGACCAGUUGAAAAUAUUGGCUUUUAAGUUAGCUGAAAAGACUAGCUAUUUGUGGAGAUGUUUGGUGAAUUUAAGUAUUGACUGUUAGCUAUUUAUUAGAGAAAAAAUGAGCCAAAAAGCCAAAAGCCAAAAGCCAACCAAGAAAGCUAGAUGGAGCAGUUUUUUAUUUUGGCUUAAAAGCCAGCUUUUCAGCUGCUUUAAAAGCUAUUUACCAAACAAGUUUUUUUGGCUGUUUGACUAACCAACAAAUCAAAAAUCAAAAGCCAAAAGCCAACCAAAAAGCUAAGAACCAAACACCCCCUAGUCUCAUGGUGAGACUCUAGGGCAGGCCCAUAUACCCUUCAAAAAUAUUAUUUAAAAUUCUCCCAACUCACUUAUUAUAGAAAAUAACGGUAAAUAUUUAGGUUUUACUAAUUACUUCCUAUUAUUAAGGAAGGUUAUUAGGUUAUUUUUAGGAUUAGAGUAUUUUUAGAAAAGUUAGUUUUUUCUUCCGGUUAUUUUUUUGUAUAAAUAGAGCUUGUUAUUCUUUUUCUUAGUAAUGUGAAUAUAAUUCAAAAAUUAAAAUCUCUCUUAAAUUCUAUUUUUCAUGGUAUUAGAGCCUAUGGUUUGAAAUUGAUAAAGGAAAUUCAAAAACCCAGACCACAGUUUCAUCACAUACCAAAAAUGAGUGCAAAAAAUAGUUUUGGAGACAAUCAAGAAAACCAACAAUCGAAUCCAAUGGAUCAAUUGUUGCAAAUCUUACAACAAUUAAACAAACCAAAUCAAAAUUCCAAUGAAUCCUUCAGUCAGAACGUGAUACUUACCGAAAAACUUAACAACCAAAAUUAUAUGAAUUGGUCAAAAUUGAUGUAUUUGGCCAUUAAUGGAAAGAGGACAACUCAAUCAUAUCACUGUCGAUUCUCCUUCCGUAACUGAUCCGGAGUAUACCAAGUGGAUACAAAAAGAUUCUUUGGUAAUUUCUUGGAUUAUAGAAAAUAUUCAUUCGGAUCUUGUAAACCAAUUUCUGGAUUAUACAACAGCUAAAGAUUUAUGGAAAGGCAUAGAGGCCUUAUAUAGCUAUGGAAGAGAUGGUCUUCAGAUCUUUGAUUUAACAGUCAAACCUACAACUAUAAAACAAAGGAAAGAUUCCAUUGAAGUUUUUUAUGGAAAAAUGAUUUCGAUCUGGAAGGAGAUAGAUAGAAGGAUCCCAAAUCCAAUGACCUGUGAUAAGGAUAGGACUACAUAUAAUGUGUUGGUGCAACAAAAAUGUUAAUAUCAAUUCUUGGCUGGUAUUAAUGAGAACCUUGACAAAGAAAAACGAGAUAUUCUUAAUCAAGAUCCUUUACCAUCCGUAGAGGCUGCUUAUGCACAAAUUAGAAGGGAGAUUUUUCGAAGGAACAUCAUAAGUGGUACAUCUAUACCAAGGACGACAUUAAUCGAAAUCGGGUCAGGCUUAAUUUCAUAAAGAAGCUAGAAAACAAUAAUUUUAGAAAGGAAGAUAAGAGGCACUUAAAGUGCUCUCACAGUGGUGGAUCCAAACACACAAAGGAGGGAUGCUUCAAAAUCUCGAAUUGUGGUUGGAAAAUAAAAAACGAUUCAAGGAUACUAACUCGAAAACAACAAAAAAGGAAGACUACAAAGCCAAGGCACAUAUGAUGGAGUGCAAAGAGGAUAUCACAAAUGUAGAACCUGGAAAUAAAGGAGGUAACAUUUGAUUAAAUUCCUUUAAAAUUCUAGGUGCUUUUAAUUCAAAGUUAAAGAAAACUAAGCAAGAGGAAAAUAAAAAUAUAGUAAAGUGUCAUAAUAUGUUCAAAUGCCUUUAAGAGGAAGGAAAUGGUUUUUCUUCCUCCUCACAUAAAGAUUUCGAGCAUCUUCAAGAGGAAGGAAAUAUUCUUUCUCCUCACAUGAAGCGGUUCAAGUAAAGGAUACUAGAUCCGAAAAACAAAUCAAGAAUGUAAAACAAACUAUUAAAAAAAAAAACUUGAUACUAAAUCCAAAUAUCAAAUCAAGAAGGAAAAACAAGUUAUUAAAAAUAAUUUUGAUUAUCUUCUUGAGGUAGCAAAUGGUAGUUCAUCUCAAAAGAAGUUUAUCAAACUUUGAAAAUAAAACCAAAAAUUAUUUCAUGUACUCUACUUGAUGAAGAAGCUACUAACUCCAUUAAAAGAAGUAAUAGCUCAAAUGGUUUAGUAGAGAUAAAGAAGGGAAUCAAUCAUCUAAUUCAUGUAGCAAGGAAAAUGAAAAAUGUUGAAGAAAGAAUGGGGAAGGGGAAUAGAUGGGGACGGAUGCUGUUAGCAGCUAUUAUGAAGUUGGGAGUCUUGGGACAGCUGCUUAUUGUGAGGGAAAGGAGAGUUUCAUUUUAAACACUAAUAAUUCCCUAAGUUCUCCUUCUUUUAUAGGCAAAAUAAAACCCACUUGUGGGAAUUGGGUUGCACCGAAAAUAAGACCCAAUUGCCCCACUAUACCAGUUGCAAAUUGUGGGAAUUGGGCAGCUUAAGGACCCAUUGUUUCGGCCCAUAUUAAUGCUGAAAUGGGUGAUAAUUGUUGUGGGAAUUGGGCUGCUAAAGGACCCACUAUUUCGGCCCAAAAAAGUAAUAUUCAAGGGCUCUAUUUUUUGUUCUAUACAAGGCCAAAAAGUUUCUAAAGAGUUGACUCAUUUUUCUCAAUUAAAUGGGCAUGUUGAUAAAAAAAAAAUGGAUUUUUAAUAGUGGUGCGACAGAUACGAUGACAAAUGAUCUUAAUGAUAUUAAAAAUAUUAAAUCUACGCGGCGAACUCAUAUUCAAACAGCUAAUGGAGAGUGUGUUAAAGUAGAAAAAGUAGGGUCUACCGAAGUAACAUCAAACUUGGAACUUAAAAAUUGCCUUUUCAUUCCAAGUUUAUCACAUAAACUACUCUCUAUUAGUCAACUUACAAAAGAACUGAAUUGUUGUGUGCUCCUUUUUUCUGGUGGAUUUUAUGUACAGGAGAUUCCGACGGGGAAGAUUAUUGGGCAUGGUACUGAGAUAGGUGGCUUAUACUAUGUUAAUGAACUUGCCCAACACGGUAGUGCUAUGCUUACAUACACGUCUGAUGCACAAAAGAUUCGCAUGUGGCAUAAGCAUUUGGGUCAUCCCUCUUUAAGAUAUUUGAAACGUCUUUUUCCAUCUAUUAGUUUUAAAAAUUUCUCAUUAGAUUGUGAAUCAUGUGUGCUUGUUAAAAGUCAUAGACAUACUUAUACAUAUAGUUCAUCUCAUUCUGAUAAACCAUUUAUGUUAGAUACAUUCUGAUGUUUGGGGCCCAGUGUCAAAUACUACUAUACAUGAAUAUUCUUACGUUGUGUUGUUUAUUGAUGACUGCACACGGAUGAGUUAGGUAUAUUUUCUGAAACGAAAAAAAUCUAAGGUGUUUAAUAUUUUGUGAAAGUUCUACAAGAUAAUUCAGACACAGUUUUACAAACAAAUUCAUAUCUAUGAUCUGAUAACGGAGGGUAAUAUAUGAAACUUGAUAUGAAAGAGUUUAUAACUUCUAAUGGUCUUAUUCAUCAAACAUCGUGUUUUGGCACCCCACAACACAAUGGAGUCAUCGAAAGGAAAAAUCGUACUCUUCUUGAAAUGGCAAGAACCUUGAUGUUC